UGGCCAAUGUACGUCACAGUAAUCAUUCGUGUUGCGGUGCUUUGGUACCCUAAGGUCGCUUUGAAAACCCUAGUUUUCACAGAAGGCCUAGUUCCAUUUAAAACCCUAAUUUAGAUCGAGGAAAACCUCAAUUUUCCUGGAAACCCUAAUCUCGUUCAAACAAGCCAUACUUUCUCUGUGAAUAUUCCAGUCAUGGAGGCCAAAACAGUAAAUUGUCUUCAAAUUUCGGAACCUCAAGAUCUGGAACUGAAAUACCUCGGAUUCAUAAAGAUCGCAGCCAUCAAGGCGAUCAUAUGCAUUUUGAGCUUGUAUGAAUACGCAAAGGGGAACUCUGGUUCUAUACGUUCUCAUAUAGACAAGGUCGAGGGCCAUGUAAAGACUGUCGUCGGCCCUGUGUACGAGAAGGUCAAUGGAGUUCCAUUGAACAUCCUCAAGUUUAUCGACGGAAAGGUCGAUGAGAACUUAGGCAAUAUUCAACAGUACGCUCCUGAAUUUGUAAAAGGAUUCUAUUCCAAGGCUUCCUCCGUUGCCCGAAAGGCACCUGAGCUCUAUGAGAAGGUAGCUACUGAUAUCAAAGAGCGUGGAGCAGCUAAGGUGGGCAAGGAGGCUUGUGCAAAAUACAAGCCCAUAGUUGAGGACUAUGCCAUUAAGGCAUGCUUUCAACUCCAAAGGCUUCCUUUCUUGGCCCAGGUGGCUCAGGUUGCCGGCCCAACUGCUGGUUUCUUGUGUUUUAAAUACAACCACUUAGUCUCAAAGGGCUAUGCUCCCUUCUGCUAUCUUCCCCGUUUUCCUUUGGAGGAGAUUAUCAAGGCUAUUAACGGGGUAGUGGUGGAGAAAUUUGGAAGUUCAGUGAGUGAAGGCGGAGAAGGAGAGAUCACUGAGGCCUUGUCUCAUUGAUGACCCUCUCUCUCUUCGUGUUAAUAGUUUCAAAAAAGUAUCUAUGGGUGUUACAACAGGGGUUUAAAAAAUAGUGCAAAUUUGAUGGUGUCUUUCAAUUUGUAUUGAGAUGUAAAUUUUGUUGUGAGUGAAUAAUCGACGUUUAUCGUUGCAAAAAUUAUCUGAGUU